CUCGCGGAACACCAUCGCUGCUCGGGCCGCUCAUAUCUACUGGAUCUACAUUGUUGUUUAUAGUUGUAGUACUAUUUAAUCGUGGUGAUAGAAUCCUCGCCAUCAUAACCACAGGCAAAUAGGCACAUUAUUAGAAUACCUAGGUACGUAUAAUCAAGCUAUGGGGUAACAGAGCCUUACAGCUCUGCAUGUUUCAAGGGCUGUGAUGUUACUGUACCUAACGAUGGGAACUUGACAUGCACAAACAUCUGCUACUACACUGCACUGGCAGAGCAAUUACCCUGGUCACGUGCUUGCGUGAUUCCCCGACAUGUUGUUCACGCGCCCCGCGUUCUCCCCGACCUCAUUCUGUUUAGGUACCUUAGCACGCCAUGACAGCAUCCCGCGAGUCGCUACAAUUCUGUGACAGCCAUGUCGGGCCAUAUCGUGUACGACGGUGUUUCCCGUACUGCUCAGGAUGACGAACACGAUGAUCAUAGGCUUCCGCAACUCUUUGCAGGGCAGAAGUUGUGGUUCCAUCACCAAAUCCCCCAACGGAAAUGGCUGAUUGACAAUGCCAAACUGUAUGGUGCGACCGUCGUUGACCUGGACAAGCACGCAGACAUCAAAUUGGUCGACCAUGCGAAGAAGAACAAUGCGCCAGGCACACAUUCCUACAGAUACGUCGAACUCUCCAUCCGAAAGGGCAGGUUGGAGAACCUCGCAGACCACGCUGUCGGGGCUUCGACAAGGGCAGGCCGAGCUGUCGGGAGUACUGUGACUGCGCCAAGGUCAAUAAGGGUGAACUAUACACCGGAGGAUGACCAAUUCUUGUGGAACUGGCUGAAGCCCUUUGAAGAUAGUGGUGGCCCUGUGAGCGGAACCGAGAUCUAUAGACAGGUAGAACAAGCAAAUCCCAGGCACACAUGGCAGAGCUGGCGGGAGCGAUGGCUCAAACAUACAAGAUUCCAGAAGAGACAGAUUACUUCCUCUACCCCCCAGACCCAAGAACAGACCGAGGAACAACCACAAGAGUCUCCGGUCCAACCACAGCCAAGAAAGAGGAGGAGAGAUCCGGAGGAUGAAGGCGACCUGGAAGCAAGCCAUCGAAACCAAGCGCGGCAACAGCGGGCUCCUUCAUCGUCCUUCAAACUUGCCACUCUUCCAGAAGUUGAAGCAAACGUCAAGCCUGUUGAAAAGCUCGACGCACCAAGACCAUCACAACAAAAGUCUAAAAGGCCUUUUCAGCAAAGUGCUACAACUUCAGAUGCAGAUCGCAGCAGUUUUUCGUUGCCAGACAAUAGAUCAUCAAUCUUUCGCACUUCUUUCUCCCGCGACGACUACCGACAGCUUUAUUUCCUGGUACCUAAGUUGACUGACAUCACUCUCGACGCCUUUCACAGUACGUGGGAGAAGCUUGCCGCUUCAGAGGAUUAUAACCAUCAUACCGCCGAAGAGUGGAAACUAUUCUGGACCACUCGGGUCAUUCCUGACUAUUGCAGGAAAAAUGGUCUAUGGAUCGAGGAAGUCGCUCCCUACUUACUGCGUCGUUCCAAGGAGGGUUCUACUACGAUCUCGCACAGCCAGGAGACAGAACAGUUUACCAGCUCGGCUCCAAGGAAGGUCAACGAAUCAAGAACCAUUGUCUGCAGCAACUGCUUCACGACAGAAAGCAACAAGUGGUGUGUCAACAAGAGCAAGGAAGGUGAAUAUCUCUGCAACCCAUGUGCGGUAUUUUUGAGACGCCACGGGGUACCUCGCCCAUCAACCGUGCGCCUGACAGUCGAAGGUGAGGACGAAGCAACUCCCCACCAGUCUCAAGCGAAAGCAUCAUCAGCAGCUGCCCCUCGUCAGCCUGAGCUUCGCCUUGCUUCACCUGCACCUACUUAUGCAAAGCGGCCGGUUCAAUCAUUCCUAUCAAAUCAAGAGGAAGCCAGGAUUGAUCACCAAACCCCACCCAGAUGUCUUGACCCAGAUCCUCGACCUGAAUCCCCUUCCUUCCAGCCGGAAUCGCCCACCUUGAUGAGACGUCCAGAACCGAACGAGGCCAGAAAACGAACGGGCAGAGAAUCUCAGUCACAGUCCACACAAGGCUCCAAUAAACCUACAUCGCAAAUUGAUUCAAAGACAGCCUCAGUCUUACCCGUGGGAGCUACAAUGGGACAAACAGGGUCAAGAGAAGCGGGGACAAAAUUUGCACGAAUGCGAAAAGAUCCAUCACCGGAAUGGCGGGUUGCAUCUAAUGUCCAACCUCCUCUGAAGGGACCUGGAGAGAAAUCGUCGCUAAGCUACGACCCUCGAAAGGUGGGAAGUGGUGACGCGUUUUCCUCCACGGGUACUGAUCGUGCUUCUUCAUCUCACCAUGUCGAAGACCCCUUCUCGGAGUAUGAUGCCAAGCCCACUCCUCAGGAACUUGAUGCCUUAGAUAAGUCGACUGGAAAUGUCGAUAGAGAUACCUCACCGUUAUUCGUGCCUGAAGAAGGGGCAGAAGACUCUAAUCCAGAGUACGAGCGCAAAAACGUCCAAGUAACGACUGCGGAAGUCAACCACAGCUUUCCAUCCAACGUUGCAGAUGACCCUUCUGAUCAUGUUUCCCAAUUCAUGUCCGAGAACUUGUCUGAUCCCGUGCAGUCAAUGAUGCCCACGGAGCAAUACGAGACUGGACAACAGUCUUUGGAAGCUUGGGAGACCGCACCACAGAGCCAGCGAUUGCAGAGUAUGCCACCCACCAAAACACAGGGCGCUCUCGAGAUCCCUGAGACUGCUGAUGAUGGGAUCGCCUCAGACUUCGACCUGCCUGAGCCCGAGGGUGGCUGGGAUAAGUUUCUUGCCGACGUUCCUCCUGAUGCAGAUAAUGAGGCGACCAAUAGCGAGCUAUCAGAUAUCAGCAAUGCAGCAAGCUCGGCGCCUGUCGAGGGUGCUGCGAGAGCGAGCACUAAGAGCGAAUUCCAGUUGAACGAGCUUGAGUCGCUUCCUCCACCUCCCCCUGACUUCCUGCCCACGCAGGCCGACGGCACUACUGAUGAAGAUGACGAGGCCCGCAAGAUCGAUGAGUGGAUAUCGCAGCAGAAGUCUCUCUACCCGAACAUCCACCGACUCGAGGCUGUUCUGUUCAAAGCACUCGAAUCCACGACCUUCGACCUUGGCCUUAGCAGCGAAGUGGUUCGGCUCAUACUGAGGGAGCUGCGGAAACGGGGACUCAGAGGCGGACCAAAUGUGAUCGUGGAAGAGGAGAUUGUACUCCCACAGAACAUGAAGGGCGUCUGGACGGAGGAAGACGAUAACCUGUUGCUCAGCACUAACUCCACAGACAUAGAACGAGUUUUAAGUAAACACGGUCGCGAGGGAGCUAGCGCCCGGUUCGACUUCCUGGAAAAGGUAGCGGAGGAUUGAAGAGUUGACAUGGUUGAAAAAUGGCACAGCUGUCCUUCUCUAGGAUGGGAUAGCUACGACGAAACGAGAGCGAAAUUCGAUGGAGCGAUUUGGGUAAACAAGGAAUGCUGUUUUGCUGACGCAUUGCGGCUAUCUUGAGCGUUUACUGCAUAGAGUCCUUCGGUGGGUUGAUGUUACCCGAUAAUGAGGACUACCACAGUCCCUAUGACAUGUUCGUGGCAUGAGAGCAGAAAGCAUCACUUGAAAGCCUCAUCUAGACACUUGAAUCGGAACGCGCCAUGGCUUGCCUAGCUAGACAGACGCUGCCGGACUGAAUGGUGCUAAUUUUUGGCUGUGGUGUUGAUUGCUCCAGCUUGCCAGGUGAGAGACUCCCGCGACCGAGGGCCAGUUGCUAGAGCGAAAUAUCCAAGGGAAGCGGGUCUUCGUACUGUUCAAGUUCCAUAUGAAGUUCGCCGUCAGCUCCCACCGGUUCACCAUGCGUUCGUUUCUGCAAUCGACGCCAAGUCCCCAUUAAACCGCAGGUUCCUUGAGCUGUCAUCCAUGAUACCGCAUCGGAAACUCAAAGUUCUCCAUUGCCUUAAUGGCUGAUUCCCCCCAGAGCCAGCACCGCCAGCAAACGUCAAGUAAGACGACCAUUGUUCCAUGAAAUGGAAUGGCUCGCGAAAGUAUUAUACAACAAUUUGAAGCUGGAAAGAAAAGUUUCGCACCAUACAUCAUCAACUAGAGAUCGAGACAACAAGGCCAUCAAUGUUAGUUAUUUUGGGACUUUUCCAAGCGUUCAGGCAGGUACUACUAUUCGGGGCGGGGGUUUCUGUUUGCGACUCACUUGAACUUCAGAUGGUCCUCGUAGAACUUCAGCAUUGCCUUCGGACAAUGCUGGUACACCUUAUCCAUGGUGACUUUCGUCUUGUUGCCGUUCUUGAAUUUGAUGUAGGCGACCAGCUGGCCGGCUUCGUUCUUCUCCACGGUGUCCACUACGUCAAUCAAUGGUUCCCAGUCCUUCUGGCUGGGCAGCCAGUCUCCUUCUGGUUGUUGUGGAUCUGCCCCUUCUCCAUUGCUGCGCUUUUGUCGUUUGGAGGCGCGCGCGGGGGACUCGGACGCGGUCGA